AUGAGCCAGUCGUUCAACCGCGACUUUUUCAACAUCGUCCUGGACGACGCACGACCGUCCCACCUCAGCUUGGAGGAGUUCGGGGGCGACCUCUUCUCCACCGGCAUCGCAGAGACGUUCCGCGCGCCGAUCGCGGCGCAGGUGGAGUGUCUCGAGGCCGUCUUCGUCCUCGCGAAGAGCUUCACUCCACGGCUCGACGACGGCCCCGCGAUGGUCGAGAGCUGGCUCACGACCGUCCCGGCGCUGUCGGGCCUUAAGGUCCUCAGCAUCGCAGUGGACUGCUGUCGCAUCAACGACCCGCUUUGCGACGGCGGGGGGUUCUUCGAGGCGCUCGAUCUAACGGCGCUCGCGCGACGGUUCCGCGAGGCGAUCCCGGCUCUCGAAUUCGUCGAGCUCGCGGUCGCGGGGCUCUAUAGGUGCGAGCCAGCGGUGGUGCGCGAUGGUGUGCCGAGCGUUGGCUACGAGACGAGCGCGGUGGAGUCCGUGCUCCGCGACGACGCGCGGCGUAGGAGUCAGUGA